GCCCUGCAGACACUGUCAGAGCACCACCGGACGACUUUUCAGCACGUGGCCACACUCACCUCUGACAUGCUCCGGGUCUGUUCCCAAUCUCGAAGCCCGGCGCUGGGAGAUCUCCUCUCGAGCCGGACCAAAGGCCACGAGGUUGCUAACGGCCACGCCCAGAGCACCUCCCUGCCCUCGCUGCCCAGCGAAGCGCGGCCGGCGCCCGAGCCAGAGAAAGCUUCACCCUGCGCGGGCUCGAACGAGGAGGAGGUGGGUGAUCUUCCCUGGUUUCAAGCCAUGAAAGCCAACCUCGAGGAGUUCGGGGAUGUGGAGGUUUUCCUGGACCAGCAGCCGCAGGAAUGCAUGAGCUGCUGUCAACCCAUCGAAGCUGCCUACCGAGCUCGGCCUCGGAAAUGCAACCACGUAUUCCAUGUGGAGUGUUUGCUUCACUGCUGGAGCGAAGGCGUCUGUCCAGUCUGCGGGGUAUCUUUCGCUCCGGAGGCCACACCCGCCAAAGCUCCUCGAGGAGCCUGGACAUGA